GAGAAAUUUCGGAACGAAAUGAAAUUUAUUCAACAUAAGAUUUUGUGCCAAAAUAGAGAAUAAAUAUCUGAUUUUUUGUUGCGGGAAAUCCGUAAAAAUUUGCAUUUCUUUUCGAUUUAAUUAUGUACAUAUAGCACAAUCUCAAAACGAAACUACGUUAACCGAAAAGACACAUAAAAAUCCAAUUAAAAAUCAUCCAAAUGUGACUCAUCAUCAGUGCCUUAUAGAAGAAAAAUUACGAGUUAAAAAUUAAAGUGCCUCACGGAAAUCAGCCCCGUUUAUAUUUUCUUUUGGGUUAUUCAAUAAAGAAUGUCAUCACAUCCAACUGGCCUUCGUUUCUCUCCAUUUUCAACUGCAGCAAUAUCAAAUAACAAUAUGCAACAAUCACAGCAAGCGACAAAAAAGAAUAAGAUGCACAUACAAAAUCAAUUGCCUCAGCAGCAACAAGUACCACAGCAGCAAUUUAGUGUAAAUAGCUUAUCCAGUUCGGAAACUGACAUUUCUACAUCGAAUGAAAAUUUAUCGAUGGAACAGCGUUAUGUGUUGAGGCAUACACCACGUGUCGAACCGCAAGGUCAGGAAAACUUGCAAGACAUAGUUCCAAGUGCCAAAGAAAAUCAAGGUCGCUAUGCUCCCGAUCAGCGUUUUCCGUCAAACACAUCUACCGACUCAACACGAUAUGCGUCCAGCAAUCGCAGCAUAUCCGAAACUAGAAAUCCAAUGUACAAUCAAUCUUUAACGGGCACCAAUUCGAAUCGCAAUUCACUGAAAGAAACCAAUUCGAAUCGAUCAUCGAUGGACGUGUCAACAUGUUCCUACAAUACGUUAAUCAUUCACAAUGACGACAACAUUUACAUUGGCAACCGAGACUAUCCGGGUCAACCUGACGCAAUGAAGAAGGAUCGACCCCGAUCAUACGGUGAGCAGAUGCAAGAAAUUACCGAAAUUCCAGACGAUUUUUUGAACCAAAGUCAUGUGCUGAAGCAUUUGGCAAAGGAAAUUAAGACGCCCGUUAAUCGGCGCAGUACCACACGGGAUUCGGGCAUGUCCGACAAUUUAAAAGAUCCGCCACAGUAUGAACAAUGGACCAUCGAGGAGCAGAACGAACAGAACAACAAUAAAGUCAAAAGUAAAAGUCAGCCAGACCUUACAAAAUUAUCGGAUAUUGAUGUAGAAGCAAUGGAAUCGAUUCUGAAAGAGAAUCAACAAUUAAAACAGCAGCUUCAUUCGUGUUACAUGAAAGUGGCAAAAACACAAAAGUUGGAAGAAGAAGUAGCAAAUAUCUACCGUGUUCACGACGAACUGAAGCAAACGUGUGAACGGCGAGAAAAAUUGGAACAAGCAGCUCGACUGAGAUUAAAAAGUGAUUUGGAACGCGUUUCGGAACUGAAUCGUGUUAUGAAAGACCAAAUGGACAUACUUCAAACGCAAUUGUCGGCACCAUCGGAACAUCAAUUACUGAUCGCACAACUAUUUACGCAGAAUAAAGAGUUAGUUGCGGCAAAAGAUCGGCAGGAAAUUGAACUAGUAGCUCAAAGGGCAACGCUGCAGGAACAGCGUAACCACAUUGGCAUCCUAGACACCGCAUUGAGAAAUGCACAACACAACAUUCGUCGAUUGGAAGAUGAGAUGCGCAAGAAGCAAUUGUAUGUGGAACGGCUAACACAAUUGCACGGGGCAUUGCAGUCGAAACAAAAUGAACAAAAAAUUCGGUUAGACUACGAAACCGAAUUGAGCAAAGAUUCGAAUCGGAGCGGAAGUAGCACGAACAGUGACUCAAAAUGGCAGUUGCAAGACAAAAGUCAAAUGAUCAGACUUGACAGUGAACAAAGGCACUUGGAUGAACAGACGAUGAGGCAAAAUGUACCAAAAAUUACGUUAAAUAAAAAUAUUCAGGACGAUCGGAUUACUGAAGCACAACAUGAUAAACUGCGGUAUUUGGAGGAAGUACACUCAGCCCAGCGUAAGGUGAACGACCUACAAACACAUCUCAAGGUUCUCGACAGUAAGGUAGCCGAAAAGGAAGCGGAAAUUCGCAUUUUGCAGGAAAAGAAAAUCUGUGGGUCGUCGUUCGAUUCGUACAACAGUUUCGGCUUAAAUCCGUUGAGCUACAAUUCUCAAACAUCGUUUAACGCUUCCAACACCUCGUUCAACACAACGACAAACACAUCUCUACUGGACCAGACAUUCGGCGGAAAUUCAACGAAUUUCAGUCCGAAUCAAAGUCCCUACGUGGCCGGACCUGUUUACGGUCAACCAAAGUCGACAUACAAUCAAAGUUCAGUUAAUUUGCAAGCAAUUGCUAUGUCCGGAAACUAUUCUCCAAGCACCAACUACAUAAGUAACUACGAUGGGACACCGACGUAUUCACAAAAUUCACCAUCCAGUUAUGAAACGUCAUUCGACAAUUUGGCUCGAAAAUCGAUCGACGAUCAUAUGAAAAAGCAAUUAGAUGAGCAGCUGAUGUCAAAGAGAGGACUAUGCUGCUUCCCAAGUUUGAGUGCAAAAAAGCCGAAUCAACCGUUUUUGUCUGAUCAAGUUUCCGUUCUGUCAACGAAUAACAGCGAUGUUUUUCUUCAGAAGCUGGCACAUUAUGACCAACGUGAACGGGAACGUCAGGAACAUCAAGAGAAUCAAACUAAUCAAACAAAGUCCGAAGAUAUUGUGCUACUGGAGAAGCAAGGACGUUGUUCACAAAAGCUUCGUAACAAUGCCACUGGUAAUUUGGCGCAAGUAACGCAUACCGUAGGGCAAAAUAUGACGGAUAUCAGCAAUAUUGGAAAUCCGAUGGUUCCGAAGAUCGUCACAAACAUCACGCAAAAUCUAUCAAACAUAACUCAAAAUGGAAUUCUUCCACCGCGUCUGAAAGAACGAAGCGGUUCGUUGCCACCUAGCGCUUUACCGAGACCACCGCGAAGCUUAAAGCCUCCCCGAAAAAUUGAAUACGAUCGACUGAGCGAUACGGAUCUGAAGUGCCGAGCUCAAACGCCACCAAAAAGCAAUCCGAAUCAAUCAAAAUACGACUUGAAAUCAAAUACUAUGAAACGUAACGAAUUUGGUCGCCGUGAUUUCUCCCCAGGAAAGAAUUUUCUUGAUGUAAAAGAGACGUUGGCUUUUCCGAAACCGGACUUUUCCCUGAAGCGCAAAGACUAUGGAUCGUUUUCCAAGCCAGAAUACACAUCGACAAAAAAUUACCAGCGACUCGAAGAUAACCCGAAACCAAUAAAAGCGAAUCAGGAUAUUGCCUACAAACGAUCGUUGCUGCCGAGCUCCCGCAAAUACUCGACAGGCACAGGAAACACCGGAAAAAAUUCAAGAGAUUCGCUAAAUUCGAGCGAGUCAAAUAAUUCGACCAAUUCGAAUCCCCGUUCGAGUCCGGUGCACAUUAAAAGCGAUUCAAGUACAUCGAACAACACAUACCAUUCACGCACACCGCCCAAGUAUGUGCCUUCAAUCAGUCCACAGGAGAAAUCUUUUUUAGCCGCCCGACAACAGAACAAUCAACAACAACGGCAACAAAUUAAAGCUGCGUCUAUGAUGCCCACAUGUACCGGUAACAGCAGUUCAUUGCCACCGAAACCUAAUGACACCAAGAGUGGAAAGCGUGGAAGUAGUUUGACCAGAGGUGAAAAUCGUUACCGAAUUCAAUUUUAAAAUUUUUGGUUUACUGUUUAUGUGCAUGCUCAUACAUGUGAAUAAAGUGAAUCUUUUACAGAAAAUC